ACCCCAUUGACAUUCAUCCCUCCGUCCCUGGACACCUCCGUCCCUGUCUCGCUCGCUCGCUCGCUCCAAUGGCCCUUCGGAAAGCUCUAGCGAAGCGGCUCUUCGAUUCUCCCAGAUCAUCGUCGGCGGCGGCGGCUCUACCCUCACUCCAAGCCAUACUACCUCCCCCUCCGAAUGGCGCCACCGCCUCCUUCCACCGCGAGUACCUCACGUCGCCGAAGGCCGCCGAGAAAGGCCUCUUCCGGCGCUUCCUCCAGCGGCGCGCGAUCAACCAGGCCGCCGGGGCGAGGCUGCCGGAGUUCCUCUCCCUCCCGGUAGGGGACAAGCUCCGGGAAAAGCUCCGGAGCCUCAACGGCCUCGGCGGAGGGGAUCGCCUCCAGCUAGGCGGGCUCUCGCCACCGGUCGCCGGAGAUCCCUUGGCCGGAGUGACGAUCGGGGACGCGAGGAAGCUGCUGAGGCUGUCGCGGGCGGAGACGAUCAAGGCGAAGCUGAGGGAGAUCGACGCGCGCUCGAUCUCGUACGACGAGUUCGUGAGGAUCUGCGACCAGGCGUGCGGAGGGGGUGAGGCAGAAGGUGCCGAGUUCGCCAAGGCGUUGGACGAGUCCGGAAACGUCAUCGUUCUCGGCAAUGUCGUGUUUCUCAGGCCUGAGCAGGUGGCUAAGUCAGUGGAGUCGCUAAUCUACCAAUCCAUAGCCAGGCCCAACGACCCGAGACGAAGAGAGCUGGAGCAGAUGGAGAGGCACAAGGCCCUAAUCGAUGAUAAGGCCCGGGCCCAGGUGAAGGGCGAGCUCUACUGUGGGCUGGGCUUUUUGGUGGCCCAAACGCUCGGGCUCAUGAGGCUCACGUUCUGGGAGCUGACCUGGGACGUGAUGGAGCCCAUUUGCUUCUUCCUCACCAACCUCCACGUCACCCUCGCUUACGGCUUCUUCCUCCGGACCUCCCGGGAGCCGACCUUCGAAGGGUACUUCCAGCGUCGUUUCAAGACCAAGCAGCAAAAGCUCAUGAAGAUCCACAACUUCGAUGCCGACCGGUACCGGGAGCUCUGCCGAGCUUUUUACCCGGAGGAGUCCCGGUCAUCGCAGGAAAGGGCAUGAGAGCUUUGCGAGAAUUUUCUCAGCUCCCGAGAACGGCAAACGGAACUAACCAUCUGAGGCUAAUUUAAUAAGGUCACCGUGACUGUAAAAGAAGAGAGAGUUAAGACAUGAGUAAGUAGUUUUUCUCGGCUAGGGAUGGGUCCAUUUUUCUUGGAGUUCAUCUAAUUGAAGGUUCGAGGGGAACACUGCCGACGACGACCGUUA